AUUUAUUUACCCUUCCACUCUUUAAAUUUCCCAGCCGAAACUCAGAACUCCAACUACUCAACUCGCCAUUAACUCAAUAAACCUGAACAUUAAACUCUCCUUUUGUUUUAGAUAUGCAAAAAGAAGAUAAUGGUAUUGAUUCCUUUUCCUCUUCGGUGUCGUUCUGCCUCAGCUUCAACAGCUACGCCUCUGCUAAACUAGCUGAUAUAGCCUCCAAGGUUGGCCAAGAGGAACAACGAAACGACGACGGCGACGAUGAUUUCGAGUUUGUUUCUAUCAAAAACGAUCCCGACGCCUUUCAAUUCUCCUUCGACGGUCAGAUCCCUCAGGGUUUUCCGGUGUUUAAUCAGGAUCUUCUAUUAGAUAAUGAUCAAAAUGAUGAUGAUGAUCAGAAGAUUCGGCUACCGUUGAAGAAUCUGUUCAUCGAGGGAGAUCCGCCGUCGUCUUCGUCGUCAGAUGCCGACGAACUCGAGGGUUUACCGGAGGAAACGUACUGCGUUUGGGUGCCAAACAAAAACAACUCACUCGAAUCAUGCCCUUCUCCUAACAGAUGCCAAAAGAGCAACUCAACCGGUUCAUCGUCAUCGUCAGCAGCGGCAAGAUCAUCAAAACGUUGGUUCAAGUUUCGCGAUUUGCUUAAACGAAGCAACAGCGACGGCGGAAAAGACCCGUACGCUUUUCUCAAUAAACCAAAAACAAAUCCUCCUCCUCCUCCUGUUUCUGUUUCUAAAGCGAAAGAGAGCACGAGUGAGGUCAAAGCCACCGUUAAAACGAAACCCGUGUCGGCACACGAAGCAUUUUAUGUGAAAAACAGAGCCAUCAAACAGGGCGACAAGAAGAAAUCAUAUUUGCCAUACAGACAAGACUUACUGGGAUUUUUCGCCAGUAAUGUUAACAGCAUGGGCAAAAGUUUUCCACCAUUUUGAUGGACUUGGGUUAGAGAAUUUCAAGAGUUAAAAUUAUUUAUUUGUAAAUAAUAAAUAAUUUUGUAGCCAGUAUCUUCUUGGUUGCUUAAAUCAAUAAAGAACAAGCACUCAUUUGCAGAUCA